GCUAGCGCACGGAUGCUGUAAGGCUGACAACUGGCGCGACCGCCCUCACAAACUCGAGCGAUCGCGUCUCGAGAUAUGGGGCAAUAUACUUCUACGGAACGCCCAAUCAACCGCAAACCGUGCUGUAUCAAUUGAUAAAUAUCAUCUAAGGAUCUGUGCCCUUAUAUAACCCCAAGGGGGAUAAGCUACCGCUUUAGACCGCUACGACAUGUCCCAUAGAGCCAAGAUCCGCUGCGACUCAACGGGGCAAGGCCGAUAGGUGCAACGCGCUUAAUAUACUAUGGCUACAACUCGCUUUGUCCCUGGGCAGAAAGCUGUCGGGUCUCCGAGACCCAAAGGCCGUGAGAAUGCGAAAGAUACGCUAUGUCGAAACGUCUUAAUAUACGGACACUGUCGUUACGAAGAUCAGGGAUGUGCUUUCAACCACGAGCCAAACAAAGCGCAUACAACCCAAACUGAAAUGCCCAAAAAAAGCCUCAACGUUGAUUCCCCCUCAUUCACCCCCAUCGGCUUAGCGAACACUUCUGCUGGGUUGUCUGCGAUGAGUUCGCGGGCAGCAAGUGCCGCUCCUUUUACACCUAGAUCUGCUGCAAGCGGAACUGCAACACCUACCCAUCAAGAAGAUUCUGUGAGCUUUAAUCCUGCACAAAUCCGUGAGUUUACGCCGCAGAAUUAUGAUCUCAACACAAGUACGCUGAAUGGCGGAGGCCUUGACGCCCAAGUGCCCUUUGAUCCCUUCACUAUCCCUAACUCUACACAAGCCGUUCCUGCGGCACAAUACAAUCCGUAUUUGGAAGAUACCAGUGCUGGUGCCAGUGCCGCAUACUAUCCAGGGCAGGCUUCUUACGCGGCAACUGCUCAGCCAUUGCAAUAUCACCUCUACGCCCCAAUGGGACCUCACCGUGAAGAUUUGCUUGCAUACCAAAGGCUCCCCCAUGACUUCUUUAUGCCAGAAAAGCUCCGCGAAGAGUUGCAGAGAAAGUCUGAAGCAUCGCUUCAAACCAUGCCCAACUCGCAACUUCCAACUCUUGAUAACUAUCAUUCUCUCGUGGCGUUGGACACUAGCCAUCACAAAAGCGCCACGGUUUUUGGGUAUCCGAGCUGGGUUUAUAAGGCUACUUCAAGCAAGAACGGAAACCUCUAUUGCUUAAGAAGACUUGAAGGCUACCGCUUAACGAAUGAGAAGGCCAUAAGAUCGGUCAAAGAGUGGCGUCGGGUUGAUUGUGGCGGCGUAGUUACCGUGUUAGACGCGUUUACUACCCGUGCUUUCGGAGACAGCUCACUGAUCUUUGUCACUGACUACCAUCCAUUAGCGAAGACGCUGGUUGAGACGCACUUCUCCACUGCCAACCGAUUUGGCAACCGCGUAGCUACAACCGUGCCGGAGCAGGUCCUUUGGGGCUACAUUGUUCAGAUUUCGGCUGCUCUUAAGAGUGUGCAUGGUUCUAACCUUGCAGUUCGCUGUUUGGAGCCUAGCAAAGUCCUCGUUACGGACAAGAACCGUGUCCGCCUAAGUGCAUGUGCUGUUCUCGAUGUGGUGCAUCACGAUACCCAGCAAUCCUUGCAAGAGCUUCAACAAGAGGACUUGCAGCUAUUUGGCAAGCUUAUCCUAGCUAUUGGGACCAAUAACCUGCUCACUCAGCAGAACAUGAAGGUCGCUGUUGAGCAGCUUGGGCGAAUCUACUCCGCGGAAAUUCGCGACACAGUCUUGUGGCUUCUCACUCCGGCGGUAGCCCCAGCUACAAGGUCCAUCGAUGAAUUCCUUUGUGGCAUCUCUAGCCACGUCGUUUCGUCCCUGGACAGCGCAUUCCACCAAGCCGAUAGGCUCGCCUCCGAGCUCAGCAGAGAGCUAGAAAAUGGCCGCCUCGCGCGACUUCUCAUGAAGCUAGGCACUAUCAACGAGCGCCAGGAAUACGAGGGGGACCGCAACUGGUCUGAGAAUGGAGAGCGAUACAUGCUCAAGCUGUUUAGGGACUAUGUCUUCCACCAAGUUGAUGCUGUCGGCAACCCGGUCUUGGAUAUCGGGCAUAUGAUCCGCUGUCUCAACAAGCUGGAUGCGGGCGUGGACGAGAAGAUCCUGCUCACGAGCCGCGACGACCAGACAUCCUUCGUUGUGACGUACAAGGAAUUGAAGAAGCAAGUUGCUGCAGCAUUUGGCGAUUUGAUGAAGCCUGCUGGCACCAAACCCAACAGGCCGUUUUAAGGGGUGAUUGUGUGUGAACUAGUAUUUAUAGAUUGAAUAUUAUGUAGCCGCGUUGAGGGUAUGACUAUACGGAGAUAGUAGGAUAUUGGUGCGAAGUAUAGUUGCUUUCGUUUGAAAUCCAGCACCGGCAGAAAAAACAAGGAGCAAACGCACUACUUGUGUACUUGUCGAAUAUUCCAGAGCGAAUUGGGGAGUAUGAAGGGGGGGAGUUGAUACUUGGUUGUUGUGCUUGAAUCUCUGUCUCCGUCUCAGUCUCCCAUAGCAAAAAAUGAAG